CACAGCAGGUUGGUGACAGAAGGUGCCGGGGCUGAAGGUCGCGGCUGUUUCAAGCAAGGAUUUUCCCAGUCCAGGCCUCAGAACUUCACUGUAAGCUCCCUAAAUCACUGUAAAGACGGGGCAGAAUUUGCAACUGCGCUGUACUGGAUACCCUGUUGGUAGAACUGCCAGGCUAAGAGAGUAAACCAAUCGUACAACAAUAGGUCCAGAAAGAAACAAGUUCUGCAGACAACUGAACAUUGGCAAAAGUUAAAAACAAGACUGGCUGUUUAGAUUAUAACUGGAUUUAAAAGCCAAGAGACCUGAUGGAAUUUAUAAAGGUUCCUCGUUGUCUGCUUUGGUGUUAUUAAACAAUCCAACUUGUUGCCAUGGAGACAGAAGAACUAGAAGAGGUGGAAAGACACAGUAGGAAAUCAGUCCAUGGUCAUUGGAAGGAUAGUUCUUCGCAGGCAGUAUCAUGCGUGGACUUGAUCUGCGAUGAUGAAUCAGAGGCUUCUGACCAUGUGACUGAGAAGGAAUCACAGACGCACUACAUUCCGAUUCGAAGAAAUUCCAGGUACUACCGCUCCUUCAGACUUCGGAACAGAGGGAAAGCGAGGAGCAGCAGAGAGGUUCAAACUGAAAGUGUUGAAGCCUCACUAAAAAAUGGUAAUGCCAGAAACGAGCUUCUGAACAAAGACGAAUUGUUACGCAUAUUUCACAAGGGCCUGUCUCUACAUGUAAAACGAGAUAUGACAGCCGCAGAAGAACAAUGGUUGCAAAGGCUGCUCCCUUCCUACCCCGGUUACCUUGGCAACCGCCCGGACUCCCCCAGCCCCGCGCCUGCUGCGGAAUCGCUCCGUAGCAGUAGCAGCCGCUCGCUGCAGGACUCGCUGCUGCUGCCGUCGCUUUCGCCGCCUCGCAUGGAGCUCUUGGCUGCCGCGCUCAGCGCCGCCUGCGCCCUGGACCAUGAAGGCUCCGCGGAGAGCGUGGCCGGAGCCCGCCCGUCCGGCAGUGAGUCUCCUUCCAUGGCUGGACCAGUUUCUAGUUCCGAAGAAAGCCCUGUGCAUCCCGACUGCCCGGCUGCUUUCCCCGAGGCUCUGCAAGUGAUUCAUCCCAUGACAGCUGACUCUUGGAAAAACUUCAUUGAGCAAAUAGGGCUUUUGUAUCAAGAAUAUCGGGAUAAAUCUACACGUCAGGAGAUUGAAACCAGGCGGCUGCAGGAUUCACAGACAGAUGCAGAAGAGUGCACAGCUACUGAAAACACAGCAUCACAGACAGAAGCCACAAAUACCGAAGAAAGCAAGGCUGUUCCCCAGAUAUGCUUGCUCAGGAAUUCCACUUCCAGGUUUAAUUUGUGGCAAGAUCUUCCAGAAGUCAGGAGCAGUGGUGUUCUGAAUAUUCUCCAGCCAGAUGAGAUCAAACUUCAAGAGGCCAUGUUUGAACUGGUUACCUCAGAAGCUUCGUAUUACAAGAGCCUGAACCUUCUGAUAUAUCACUUCAUGGAAAAUGAGCGAUUGAAAAAGAUUCUACAUCCUUCAGAGGCUCACAUCCUCUUCUCCAAUGUCCUAGAUGUCAUGGCAGUCAGUGAGCGUUUCCUCUUGGACCUUGAGAAGCGAGUAGAAGAGAACAUUGUGAUCUCAGAUGUCUGCGACAUUGUCUAUCAGCACACCAUUAAUCAUUUCUCGGUGUAUGUAACCUAUGUCUCCAACCAAACCUACCAGGAGAGAGCUUAUAAGCAACUUCUCCAGGACAAGCCAGCUUUCCGGGAGGUGAUCUCACAUUUGGAACUGGAUCCGAAAUGCAAAGGCCUGCCUUUCUCAUCGUUCUUGAUUUUGCCUUUUCAAAGGAUCACAAGGCUGAAGCUGCUGGUGCAGAAUAUCCUGAAGAAAGUGGAGGAAAAGUCUGAACGUGAAAUCACUGCCCUUGAGGCUCACAAGGAACUGGAAACAGUGGUGAAGGCAUGCAACGAAGGCGUCAGGAAGAUGAGCCGUACAGAACAGAUGAUCAGCAUCCAGAAAAUGCUAGAAUUUAAGAUCAAGUCUGUGCCCAUCAUCUCUCACUCCCGUUGGCUGCUAAAGCAGGGAGAACUGCAGCAAAUGAAUGGCCCCAAAACAUCACGUACCCUCCGCACAAAGAAGCUCUUCAGAGAAGUCUACUUGUUCCUCUUCAAUGAUUUGCUAGUGCUCUGCAGACAAAUCUCUAGUGACAAAUAUCAGGUGUUUGACUCUGCACCCCGAGGACUUCUACGGGUGGAGGAGCUGGAAGACCAAGGGCAGAGCUUGGCAAAUGUCUUCAUCCUGAGACUGCUGGAAAAUGCAGAUGACCGCGAAGUCAGCUACAUGCUAAAGGCAUCAUCACAAAGUGAAAUGAAGCGCUGGAUGAUCUUGCUGGCUCCGAAUCGGCGAACCAAGUUUGUUUCCUUUACAUCCAGGCUCAUGGAUUGCCCUCAAGUACAGUGUGUCCAUCCUUAUGUGGCUCAGCAGCCAGAUGAGCUGUCGCUGGAACUGGCUGAUGUACUUAACAUCCUGGAAAAGACAGACGAUGGUUGGAUAUUUGGGGAGCGUUUGCAUGAUCAAGAGAGAGGUUGGUUCCCCAGCUCCAUGGGUGAAGAGAUUAUGAACCCCAAGAUUCGAUCUCAAAACUUAAAGGAGUGCUUCCGGGUACACAAGACAGAUGAUAGUCAGCGGAGGAAGAUGGGCAGCAGGAAUAGACAAUGAUCACUGCACACAGUUCUGGGCAGUUGUAUUUCAGAAACAAUGAAUGUCAGAUGCUGAGACAACGGAAGGUGGCACAAAUAUGAUUUUUUGUCAAGCAAGUCCUCUCUCCUCCAAGCUAAUGAACUUCUUUGCAUACUUGAUGCACCAUGGAUAAUAUCUCUGAAGACAAACUUGAAAAGAGGUGAGGCUGCCGUGUGCCUGUACAGAACUAGGAGCUGUAAAAUGUAAUUUCCUAUUGUAUUGCAAAGAGUGUAAAUCUCUUAACUCUGCAUGGUAAGGAAACAGUGAAUGCUGAUCAACUGGAAAAAAGUACAACAAGGCCCAAGAGGUUAGCAGCCUGAUUCUUUAAUAUUCCAUCAAGUGGCACAUUUGAUUUUCUAGUGUGCAAUCCAGGCGCACAGGAGCACACCACCUUUGAAAGUGUGCACAGUAUUGGUAUACACACUUCUACACUCAGGAAGUUUCUCUGUAGGUACUGAGUUUGGAGUACCCACACAGGCACAUCAACAGGUAUCCCUUAUAAAUAAACACAUUGGUGAUACUUUAAA